ACGCUUUUCGCCUUUCACCUUCUCGACACCGUCGGUCGCUUCGUGAACCGGUGUUGCGCCCGCAACACCGAGCCCGGGGAAAGUCUUCGCACAAGGAGCCGCAACGGCCGGUGCGGCAGACGAAAUUGCUCUCUGACCCCUUCCAUCCCUUCGCGGCCCGGACUUGAUCUCGUCCCUGGAACGGCUAUGUCAGACAAGUGGGCCCCACAACGUAGGUGAUGCUCUCCGCCGCACAAGUGAUAAAUACACCUGCCGCGCGAUAGAGAUCUCGCUUCGUCCCCUGUCCCUUUGCACAGCUCCUUUACCGUCCCCGCCUUUUCCUCCUCUUGUCUUCGCCCCAUCGUCAUAUCUCUGCCCAUCCCUACGUGCGCGUGUCAAAAUGGACGAGAAGUAUGCGGGCAAGGGAAACGCUGAAGAGCGCAUCGCCACGCUGGACGCCACGCCUGCUGUCGACGUCGGCACACCACUGCCAGACCUCACGCCCGAGGAGCGAGAGGUGGACAGACGAGUUCGACGCAAGAUCGACUUUCUCAUCCUGCCACUCUGCGCCCUCAACUACUUCUUCUCGUCCAUGGACCGCAGCGACAUUGGCAAUGCCAAGAUUGCUGGUUUUCAAAAAGCCAUCCACGCCUCCAACUUGCAGUACGCUUCCAUCGUCUCCUUCUUCUACAUCGGCUACCUCGUCAUGCAACCCGUUGGCUCUCUCCUGAUUGGCUACGUCGAGACUUGGGCGAUUCUCGGAGCGGCCAACAUGUUCUGGGGCACCAUGACGUGCCUUUUGCUGCUGUCCAGGAACGACGUCCUGCCACGGGUGCUCCGCGUCCUCAUCGGCGCCAGCGAGGGCUUGGUCCAGAUCAACAACGUCUUUCUCACCCUAUGGUAUACGCACGAAGAGAUUGCCACCAGGACCGGCAUCUGGUACUCCUCGGGCGUCCUAGCAGGCAGCUUCAAUGGGCUGAUUGCCUAUGGUGCCUCGGUGCACACCCACGCCUCCCUGCAGCCCUGGCAGAUCCUCUUUCUCACCGAGGGCCUCCUGCCGAUCGUCUUUGGGCCGAUCUUUAUGUACUUCUACCCCUCGAGGCCCGAAAAAGUGACGAAGUUCUUCACCGAGGAAGAAAAGGCUCUCUGCAUCGCCAGGACGAUGCGGGCUCGGAACACUGCCGGCGCCAAGCUCACGAUUCGCGGCAUGCUCAGCAUCUUUCGGUCGCCCGAGACUUACCUGCUCUGGCUGUGCUACUUCUGCGUCAUCUGGUCCUCGUCGGGCUACGGCAACUUCCUGCCGGCCAUCGUCAACGGGCUCGGGUUCGACACCGAGAUUAGCCAGCUGUUGACGGUCCCCAUUGCCUUUCUCGGCUUUCUCUCGGUCAACUUUUGGUGCAUCGUCAGCGACCGCUUCCAGUGGCGGGGCCCGCUGAUCAUGGGCCUAGCGCUGUCGUCUGCGGCCGGUUUUGCCAUCCUGGCUGGCGUGAGCCAUGGCCUUGGCGUGCGGAUGUUUGCCCUCUGCCUCAUCAACGCCAGCGUCCAGCCUCUGAUCCCGCUCACCCUCUCCUUUCUCUUCACCAACACUGUUGGGUUCUCUCGCCGUGCGCUGUCCAUCCCCCUGCAGAACGUGUUCGGCCAGAUCGGGGGCCUAGCCUCGGGCUAUACCUUUGUCGACUCGCCCCGCUACUUCCGAGGCACCCUUGGCGCGUGCGGCAACCUCAUCGGCCUCACCGUGCUAGUGGCCAUCUUGGACCUCUAUUUUAUGCACGAGAACCGGAAAAAGAGGGCACGGGCCGACAGCGACGAGACCUUGGACGACCGUCUGAGGUCCUUUGACGAGCUGGGGACCAAGCAUCCCGAUUUUUACUUUACGCUCUAAGGUUCCUGCAACCACUUCAUGUCAUUCUCAUGUUCUAGCUUAGUCCUCU